CACAGACGCGCACUGACGGCUGAUCUGCAGCUCAUAGUGGGACUCAGCGCCCAGAGGAGAAACGGCGCAGGAGACACAAGGAGCGGAGCACAGAGGAGUCAUGAUCAUCACUGACUGAUGAGGACUGAAGACAUUAUGUCUCCUGCUCUGACAGGAAUGUAGUUGCUUAUUUGGCGACACUUUGUAGAAGAUAUAGACUCGUGCAGAACUUUUUAGACCCCUGUUAGAGGGUCCACCGCUGCAGCUUGCUGAUCCAUAAAGAGGAAUUCCCUUGAGAUACAAGAAAAAAAUGAACGAGGAUCAGAAGUGGGGGGUCGCCGGUAAACCGGCUGAAGAGAGGAGGACAGAAGCUUCCAAACAGCCGCUGUGGAGGGACUGGGAUUUGUCCGGCGUCACGCUUUGCAUCGUGCUGUCCGUGGUGUGUCUUGGAGUUUGCAUUGUGGUUUUCGUGCGGACCUCGGAGUUCCAGUCCCGAAUAGUGAGUCUGGAACAGCAGCAGCGGGACGCACAGCUCUCCGCGUGGAUGCUGUCUGUGGAGCAGGUGGAGCCCGUUAUCCUGAGCCGGCUGGAGCGGAUCCUGGAGGAGAAGCUUGCAGCGCGACUACCGAAGACACGAGAGACGAGAGAGGCUCCCCACAGCUGCCUUUGUCCCCCAGGACCUCCAGGUCCUCCUGGACGAGCAGGCUUUCCGGGUGACAAAGGAAGUAUGGGAAUUCCUGGGAGAAUGGGCUUAAAAGGACAAGCAGGGGAGAAGGGAGCACCAGGCGAGCCAGGUCUGUCAAUCAUUGGACCACGAGGACCUCCUGGACAACCUGGAACGAGAGGAUUUCCAGGCUUCCCAGGUCCAAUUGGGUUGGAUGGCAAGCCUGGACAGAAUGGACCCAAGGGAGACCUGGGUCAGCGUGGUGCUAAAGGACCCCCAGGGGAACCUGGACCCAAAGGGGAGAAGGGCGUAUGUGGAGACUACACACACCGGAAGCGGCGUAUUGUACAGCCCUGUGUUGGACAGUUGGCCACAAUGUUGCCCAUCACCGUGCGCAACAUGCCCUCAAUAAGCCCUCUAAUCCUAAAACGCCUCAAGCAGGGCGAGCCUGGAGCACAGGGACCCCCGGGACCUCCAGGACCCCCCGGACCCCCAGGGACCCCUGGCCUGAAUGGAGCCAGUGGCCCCCCGGGUAAGCCUGGUGAACCAGGCAAACCAGGAAAAGACCCAAGGCUUUUACCAGGACUGAAGGGUGAGCCAGGUGUGCCAGGACAGAAGGGGGAUCGGGGUGUUAUUGGCCCAUCAGGUCCUGAAGGUGCAAAGGGAGUUAAGGGAGACCAUGGAAUUAAGGGAGAUGAAGGAAAGAGAGGUUUCCCAGGAGAGAAGGGAGAGAAGGGCCAGGCUGGCAUCACUGGUACCCCUGGCAUUCCUGGAAAGAGGGGCUACAGGGGUGAGAAGGGAGAGCCAAGCAUUGCAGUUCAGGGAAUUAAAGGAGAACCAGGUUCAUCAGGACUGCCAGGCCUCAUGGGACCCAAGGGUGACACAGGCGCCCAGGGAGACAAGGGAGAAGCAGGUUCUGAAGGCCCAGCUGGACCCAGAGGUCCUCCAGGGCCACCUGGGGAGCCAGGAAAGGCUGAAAUUCACAGCAAUGAAAAUGAUAUUCGCAACAUACCACUGAUGGGCCCCCCUGGAUUACCUGGACCUGCAGGAGCCCCUGGACUCCCAGGUGCCAAGGGUGAAGUUGGUUUACCAGGUCCUCCAGGAUUAGAUGGAGAAAAGGGACCCCGGGGGAAGCCUGGAGACCCUGGUCCUCCAGGCCCAGCUGGGCCUGAAGGUCCCAGAGGGGAGGGUGGUGUCAUGGGCUUCCCAGGACCCAAAGGAGACAAAGGAGACAUGGGUCCAUCUGGAUCACCAGGUUUAGAUGGCCCUACGGGUGAAAAAGGGGCUACAGGGGCCCCUGGCCCUAUUGGAUUACCUGGCUCAAUGGGUCCUAAAGGUGAACCUGGAGAAGGUGGAAGGUCGGACAUGAUAUAUGGUCCCCCAGGGCCCUCAGGACCUCCAGGACCAGUUGGCCCAGCAGGAGCUCAAGGAUUUCCAGGGCCUAAGGGAGAACCAGGCAUAGGCGUUAGAGGAGAAAAGGGAGCGACAGGUCAGAAGGGCGACAAGGGAGACAGAGGCCAUCUUGGACUCCCUGGGGCUCAUGGGUUAGACGGCAGACCGGGUCCAGUGGGUCUAAUAGGACCAUCAGGUGUGCCAGGACCAGCAGGACCAAAGGGAGAGAGAGGUGAAAAAGGAGAUGCAGGAUUACCAGGACCAACUGGGCCUCAAGGCAUCCCUGGUUUAGUAGGACCACAAGGUCUCAAAGGAAAUCGGGGAGAGAGGGGCAAGAAAGGCAACAGGGGGGCCAAAGGGGAUAAGGGAGACCAAGGAGCACCUGGAUUAGAUGCCCCCUGUCCGUUGGGAGAUGAUGGCUUACCUGUACCAGGAUGUUGGAAUAAAUGACGAUAACUUUGGAAUUGCUUGUGUGAUUGUAUAUAGGAUAUUUAUUUUUUUACUUCUCCCUAUUCUGUUAUACGUGGAAAAAAGUUAAAUCCUAAAAAUAUAUGGCAAAAUGUUUUGUACAGAUUGUUUAUUUUAAUACAUACAAUAGUGUUCCUGUAUUGGAUUUUUAUAUCUAUGCAUUAUUUUAAUAUGAUUGGAUAAGUAAAACUAAUAAUGUGGCAACAUAUGCAUGAUAUUUGUGCAUAAUGUGAAGUGGAUAAUGCUUAUUAACUUAUUGUAUUAUGUGGUUCUGUUGUAUUGUAAGAGACCAUGCUGCACUGAGUUGUGGGGCUGGAAAUAUUCUGUUAGUCUUUUGGAAGGUCUUAGCUGAACUCUCCUCUUUGUGAUGAAGUAUUAACAAUCAACCACGGACAAGCACUGCACAUACACAAGUGACAGAAAGCUGUUAAAAGUCUGCACUUUGAAUGUUUGGUCAUGUGCUCAUAUUGUACUUAUGCACAUGCAGACUUAAAGGAUAGGAUGUAGGGCUGUCACCAGAGUUUAGAUUGUUUUGGGGUUUUUUUGUCCAAUUUUUGAUAGGAUGGAAAUGUUGGUCCAUCAGUCCAUCCAAGCACUUUGAUAUGUCAAUAAAUAAUGUCCAGAUGACAUGAAGUUUGGUACAGCUCCUGUGGAAACUGAUUCUGUUUUAGCUGUGCAUAACAGAAUAACUGCAUCUGAAAAAUAAGUAAUAAAAAUGUAAACCUGCUUAUAAUCUCAAAAAAAAAUGCUGACCACGUAACAUUAAUACUUUUUGCAUAUAAUCUAUUAUAAUUAAUAAUUAACUGCUGUAUAUUACAUUUGAGAUAAUAUUUCUGUGGCGCCCUGUCAGUGACAGAAGGCAGUAAAGUAGGAUCAGAUGCAAAUAUAACUGUAUACAGAUAUUGUAUUCUAUUAGAUCAGUAGUAUGAACCCUUAUAUUUCUUAUUCUUCUUUCUUUCCCCUUUUUAACUUGCCUUUGAAUGUAUUCAGAGCCUGACAUGCUACACCAUGAUUUUUUAAUGAAAAACGUAAUUGCACAGAUUACAUAUUCUAAUAACCUAAGUGAAAACCAUAAUCCUCCUUACAAGUGCUUUUUUUAUUCCUACACUGUAAAAUACUUUGCUGAUUAUGCUGGUCAUGAAGAAAGAAUAAAAAAGUAAGGGAUCAGUUUCAAAAGUGUUUGUUUGUAUUAUUUUUUAACAUUUCGUGUUUAUCUUCAAAAUGUAAACACCAAUAUAUUAUUUUUGUAUUUUUUAGUGCCAAAUAUUGAUCUCUCUAUUGGUCUCAAAAAUCCAACAUCAGUCAGGUUAUCUUGGCCUGUUAUUGACGGCAGGGCCUCCAGCUCUGACAGUGAGGGUGAGAAGCCAGUAAGGGAGGAUAACCUAUAAAUCUAACUAGUUUAGGGAAGGGUGCGAAAUAAAUUGGCACAGUGAGGAUACAACCUAAAACAUUAUUUAUUGCAUUACAUGCAACACAUGAUCAAAUUAUGCGCUCAACAUAUUUUUACACACAGGAAUAAUUUAUAAACUGAAUGCAAAUAAUACAUUAUCAUUUUCCACAGAUCACCAAAGAUGAUUCUUAACAAUUGUGGUAACAUCUGGAUUUCUGGUCUGAAACUUUCCCCUGGAUUUAACUCAAAAAUGAAGAUUGAAAUAAAUAAGCAUCAGAUAAGCAUGGUCCCCAUAGUUCCUUAUAAUUUGUAUUCGGUUCCUUCAUUCCUACAAUUAUUUCUAAACUUUAGUUUAUACACACAAAAAACUGCAAAAUUCAAGUAGUUUGCCAUGAGCUUUGCUGUGUGUGUCAUGCUCCCCACAGAAUUAACCCGUUCCAUCAUGGAUACACCACCAACAGCCCUCUAGUGCCUCAAACAUAACCCUCUAUGGUACACACAAUGAUGCUAGUUAGUAAAAAAAAAAAAAAAAAAAAGUUUCAAAAAGUUUGAAAUGGUUUUUAUAUCAAAAAAAGAUUUAAAAAACUUUAUUUUUGAGGGUAAUCUUUUGGUUGUGUUCCCUUAAAGCAACAAUGUACCAUAACUUUAAAUUUAAAAAAGAGGGUUUUCAUGAUUGAUUGUAUUCCAUACUCAUGGAAAAUAUUCAAAAACCUUAAAGUUAAAAAAUCAUGUCAUUUGAAGUAAAUGGGAUGAAUACGUUUUCAUGGCAUGAUUCCUUAGGGCCCUGACUUUUAAAGUAUUGCAACAUAAUUGAGAAUGUUUAGUGUGAGUGUAAACAGCCAAAAAUGGGGAUGAAGACAACACUGUACCAUUAAACAAUGUAAAUGAUGAUUGUCCCAUUUAACCAUAGGGGUUGCAAUAACCGCAGACAUCACUGGCGACUGUUAGUUUUGCUAUGCUAUAGUAAUUUAUAUCAGGAUUGACUGGGGUUUUUUUCUGGGUGGUGCUAAUAUCAAUGACUUUGGACUGAAACAUUCAACAGACAUUAUAUGUGAACCAUAACGCGCCAAGUGGUGCAUUAAUCAACCAUGAUGGGAGACAGCCUUACAUCUAGUUUUUGAGAUCUGAUGUGGAGUCAAGUCAAUUUGACUUGUGUCCUGGAGGAGGGCAUCAGCCAAGACCUCGUAAUCAUUUGAAGCUUUAAAGUUCAGGCCUGAAUGAUUCUGAAAAGUAAAAGUUGUACAGCGUGAA